CGCACGCUCGCACGCACGCACCUCCAACCAAGCGCGCAUUCCCCGCCAGCACGAAGGGCGAGGCGACCCAGCAAUCGUCGAUCGCAUCUUCAAAGACGUUGAGCGUCGCUCAACAUCAUCGUCCCUCUCGACGCUGCGGCCAUCGAUUGGAUCACUGCAAUCGCUGGAGCAAUCACUGGACUAGUCCACAAUGGCCUCUCGAGUGCUCCUCCCGCACUUCUUGAGAGCGCGAGCAGCCCCAACCUCCUUGGCGACGCUCAACACUGCUGCACGAACUCUGCACGCUUCUGCUUCUCGAUCCGCCGAAUCUUCGCACGGACAUGCGGCGGCUGAUGCGGCCGAGGAGGAACAGUAUCCUGAGGAGGGCUUCUCGGCACCAUUCUGGCGCAACGGACUGCUGCUGGUGAUUGGAGGAGUGAUCGUCUACCGUUUCAGCGCCGCAGCGAAUCGCUCGCCUCAUGGCGCGACGGGCGAAGAGGAGACAUUGUCAGAUUCCAACGCGCCCUUGAUCACUCGAUACUUGUCGCACUACAAGCCCAGCUUGGAAUCCAGUCGAAGAACAAGCUUGGAAGAGUUGGACAAGAAGACUAGAAACGCGGAAGAUAGAUUGCUCUUUCAAGAAGCUGAGAGACCUCCGGUUCAUAGACUUACGUAUCCUGGCGUAUUCGAUCACAGCUCACCUCACCGCAUCCCUUUGGGUGGAAGUGUGGAUGUGUCCAACGUCAAGGUCAAGACGGAGUACGAAUGAGCGUUUCCACACCCCCUCCCCCUUCGGCACUCGCCAUGUUAGACUUGACUUUUUCGAUUUGCAGCUCAGCAUGGCGUGCAAAGUAAUACAGCUUCGUACUGUUGCCCUGCUGGUCGUGACUGCGAGCUGUGCCAAUAGAAACACCAACACCAGAGGGCGUGUUGGUCGCAAGCCCGAGAGCACUUGGAACAGCGCACGCGCUACGCGCCGUGGCUUGCAAUUGUACCGACAGCAUUACCGCGAGAC